AUGUCCAGAAAUUAUGUUGACAAUGCUAUGAAUAGGAAAUUGGGGAGAGUCGGCAUGCCACUAGGUUCUGCUGUGCAUAGUGGAGGAAGCAGUUUUUCAGGUUCAAGCUUCAGCAGUGGCAGCAGCAGUAGCAAUUUCAAUACUUAUGUAGAUAAUUCUAUGAAUAGAGGACUUGGGAGAGUUGGGAUGGAAUAUGGUACAGCUGUACAUUCAAGGUCUAGCCCAAGUAGUAGCAGUAGCAGUUCCAAAACUUAUGUAGAUAACUCUAUGAAUAGAGGACUUGGAAGAGUUGGGAUGGAAUAUGGUACAGCUGUACAUUCAAGCGGAAGCAGUAGCAGCUGCAGUUCCAAAACUUAUGUAGAUAAUUCUAUGAAUAGAGGACUUGGAAGAGUUGGGAUGGAAUAUGGUACAGCUGUACAUUCAAGGCCUAGCUCAAGCAGUAGCAGUAGUAGUUCCAAAACAUAUGUAGAUAGUUCACUAAAUCGAGCGCUUGGAAGAGUUGGGUUGGAGCAUGGUACAGCUGUGCAUUCCAGAUCUGAUAGCCUUAAUGACAAGAUGCAGCAGCUAACAACAAGCAGUCAAAGCAUGAAGGUGUAUAAGGACAACCCAUUAAACCAGAAACUUGGACGUGCUGGUCAACCAUUUGGAUCAAUGCCACAAUCUUCACAAAGUGCUAGUGCAGCUACUCCAAAAAAAUCUGACAGCAGUCAUGCCUAUAGAAAUCAGCCAUCAGCAUCAACUGACAGAAGUAUGAAGGUUUACAAAGACAACAAAUUAAACAGGAAAUUAGGACGUGCUGGUCAACCAUUUGGAUCAAUGCCACAAUCCUCACAAAGUGCAAGGGCAGCUACUCCAAAACAAAGCAGUUCAGCAAGUUAUUCAGGGAAAGUGUAUGUAGACAAUGACUACAACAGAAAGCAUAACAGAGUUGGUAAACCACUAGGUAGUGUGCCAAUCCCAGCCAACACCCAAGUGUACAAGGACACACCUUUGAGCCGCUAUCUGGGUAGGGUUGGGAAACCAUGGGGAACUUGUCCAAACAAGAGUUUGCCCUAUGAACAUUUGAUGCAAAUGCUGAUGCAAUUGAGAGAUGAUGAAGAAGUCCCUGAUGAUAUUGCAGAGGUUUAUGAAAGAGAUGAAGUGGCAGAAGAUUUUAUUGAUCAUUUCAUGGAUCUCAGGAAUCGUGAAAGAACUGUCAGAGAACAAUUAGAAGAAAAAGGAACAAACUGGAAGGCACCAACACACAAAUCCUCUCACACUUUUGAGAAAUACAAGGGCGCUAUCAUUCGAUUUGAAGAGCUUGAAUUCAUGAACAAGAUAGGGCAUGGAGGAUUUGGUGAUGUCUACAUGGCUAAAUUGAUAGAUGGGCAGGUUGUAGCCGUGAAGAAGCUGAGAGUAGAGCGAGUGUCCCAGAGAAGGCGCCAACAGUUUGAAGAUGAGAUUAAGCUGUUUUGUACCUUGCAGCAUCCAAAUAUUGUUGGAUUUUUGGGAGCCUGUGUGGUGAGCCCCAAUCUGGCCAUUGUCAUGGAAUACAUGGAUUUGAGCCUUCAUGAAGCUCUGCAUAACAAACAGGUAGAUUUUUUAGACCAGGAUAAACUGAAUAUUAUGAGAGAUGUAUCCCAGGGACUUGACUAUCUACAUGGAAGAAAGAUUGCUCAUUGUGACCUGAAAACACAAAAUGUUCUGCUCAACAACGUUCCUGGGCAAGAGACAACCAACUCACAGGGUCAGCUCAUUGCAAAAAUUACAGAUUUUGGUCUGAGUAUGAUGAAAAAUGAAGUGGAGACAGGUACCUCUUCAAAACAAGCAGUGAGUAACAUUGGAACACCAAGAUAUUCAGCACCAGAGGUUCUCCGGGGUGAAUUGUUGAAUGUGGAGCAGCUGAUGAAAGCUGAUGUUUACUCUGAAGGUCUACUCAUCUUGGAGCUGGUGGUUGAGGAAAUAGCUUUUGAAGAUUUGACCAUACAACAGCUGAGGGUCCAAGUUGGGGAGAAAAAUUUGAAGCCUGACAUUCGCCGAGGGCUGACACUAGACAAGCAACUGAAGGAGAUGUUGGAGAAAUGUUGGAGCAGCAAACCAGAUGACAGACCAUCAUCACAUUCUGUCUGCCUGAUGGUUGAUAAUAUUCAGCACCUAUUGAAAGAGAACAGAGAUAAUUCUAGUACUAGUAGUAGUAAACUGCUGAACUCCUCUUUUAAUUUGCAUUCACUUAAUUUUGAUUAGCAGGUUCUGUUGACCAUGAGAAGCUAUCCAUUUGCUUUAGACAAUGGAACUUAUACUAUAGAUAGCUGACCAAGCUAACUUUAACCCUUUUAUUUUAGAACUGUCCAACAAAAUUAGACCAAGUUAUUUUAGAUUUCUGAAAUAAUUCAUGGACAAAAAACUCUUUUUCAUUAUAUAUUUCUGACUGUAUACAUGGAGAAGAUAAAUAUUAGAUUAUUUUAGGGUUAGCCCUUUUGUCAAAACAAUGUGAGAUUCUAGAUGAAAAAAGUGAAAGACUGGACUAGAAUUACUAAAACUCACUAAGGUUAACCUAUAGGGCCCAUUUAUUGCAUUGAAAGAUUACCAGUCCUCUGUACUAAAUUUAGUAAAUAGAUUUACUACUUUACCACUAGUAAACACUAGUUUGCUAUCAAUGUACUUUACUAUUUUCUCCACAUAUUUUUUAAAGUAAAGCUGAAACAGUUUUCUUUGUCAACUAGAUCUAGAUUAUUCUUCAGUUUUAUAUAUUUAUAUUCCUUACCUCAGAUAUUAAAAACAAACUGUCUUAGUAAAUUACUUCUAUUUUGUAAUAUGCUAUUUAAACUUCUAGAAUUAUAUUUUACUUUUUAUGAUGGAUCAGUAUGUAUUGACAUACUCUGGUUUUUUAAAAAUCCUAUACUUAUUUAACCACAGUAUUGUAAUUAUGUUCAUCCAUUUCAUCCUGUUUUUUUGUUUUACUGAAUAUUGAACAGAUAAUCAUAUAAAAAAAAUAUCAAUGGCAAGCAGUCAUUUUGUUUAGUGUUUUAGUGUUUCAUCACACAUCACUUUUUUCUUUAAGACGUUUUAAAAGCCUACUGUCUAAUCACUUCCCCUUAUCGAACCAUUAAUAUCAUUUAUGAUUAAAAUAUGCAAGUAGUAAAAGUUUUUUACUAGACUCUUUUAUUUCAACUGAACAAAAACCAUACCCUGAUGAUUUAGACUUGUGUGUUAGACUUUGUGUUAAUUAUAUCAUAUGAAUUGUAUGAAUUAUAUACUUAUAUUGUACUUCAUAGGUUAAAAAAAGAUAUAUAUAUAUAUAUAUAUAUAUAUAUAUAUAUAUAUAUAUAUAUAUAUAUAUAUAU